ACCCGCUUAAUUUAUAACUUUCAAUCAUGUAAUUAGAUCGGUGCCUUAAACCUAUCUCUAUAAAGCAAAGAAUCCCCUUCGCUUACUUACAAGGGAUUCUCAGUCUUCAAACCAUGGCGGUUUUGAAGUCCUUUUAUUUGGCAUUACCUUGCACUUCAAUUCUGGUGGCAUUUAUGUUAACCCCAGUUUUGAGUUGCAAUAGUUGCACCCACCGUUCUAAACUAGCCUAUUAUCACAGCAAAAGGGCUAUUAAAGCUGGUGCGUGCGGAUACGGUUCUUUUGCUGCGAGACUGAAUGGCCCAAAUGUAGCAGCUGCAAGCCCCAGAUUAUAUAGAGAUGGCGUGGGAUGUAGCGCAUGCUAUCAGAUAAGGUGUUUGGAUCCCAGUCUGUGUAGGAAGACAUGGCAAAAGAUAGUGGUCACAGACCUCACAACAAACAACCAAACGGAUUUUGUGGUUCCAAAGCAUACGUUUGCAGCCUUGGCACUCCCACACAAGGGCGCUGCUCUUCGAAGAAAAGGGAUUGUGGAUAUGGAAUAUGAAAGGAUCUUCUGCGAGUAUAAAGGACAUAAUCUGUCUGCGAAGGUGGACUCGAGCAGUCGUUAUCCCGACUAUCUGGCUGUGGAAUUUCUAUAUCAAGGAGGGCAGACAGAUAUUGUUAACGUAGAUGUUGCGCAGGUGGGUGGAUUUGACUGGAAGUACUUGACACGAAACCAUGGUGCAGUGUGGAACAUAAGCAACCCUCCAAUUGGAGGUCUACAGUUUAGAUUCCUUGUAACAUCAGGGUAUGAGGGAUACAUGUUGUGGGCCAGAAAAGCUGUUCUCCCACCACACUGGAAAGCAGGUGGACGAAGGUUAUACGACACUGGACUUCAGAUCAACCAAACUGCUCUAGAUGGUUGUACUAAUUCAUGUGAUGUUAAUCAACGUGUGUAGUCUUCCUAGCAGCAGAAUUUUCUCUUUACAGGCUUGUUGUAUCCAUCGCUUCAAAAAUAGACACCAGCUCCAUACUACAUAUAUAUUUAUUUAUUUAUUUAUAUAUAUAUAUCUAACAUGAAAUUGAAGUAUAAUGUUCUUGGCCA